AUGGACAGAGAAGCAGAGAACAAGCUACUGCAGGAUGGGAGGGCGGAGGAGAGGACAGUGGAGGAGCGGAGUUUCUAUGUCCGCGUGUUUGGUGUGGAGGAGGGUGUGGUGAGGGGGGGUGAGGUGGUGGGCAGGUGUGAGGUGGGGCUGAAAGAGCAGAGACCACACCAGGAACUGUCUCUUCACAUCACACGGCAGGGGGGUCCCCUGCUCAACAUUUAUGAUGGCGUUGGAGCCUGUGUGUUCAGGUUCGCAGUCACCACGGAGACCGAACGCUGCAUUGUCGGAAGCUGUUCCUUCUUAUUAACCAUUGGCAACCUGAGUGUCCUGCUACAGUUUAGAACACCCAGAGAGCUGCAGGACUUCCUGGACCAACUGAUGGGAAGAGCCAGCUGCAGGAGGCAGACAUCCCAAGACUCAUCCCCCCUGCGCGGUCACUUUCAUGGGCAUUUAUCACAGCAGCAGAACAUGCUACAGGACUACCUGAGGACAGCCACAUACCAGAAGGCCAUCCUGCUCAACGAGGCUGACUUCAGAGACAAGGUGGUUCUGGAGGUGGGCUCUGGUUCUGGGAUCCUGUCCUUAUUCGCACUGCAGGCAGGAGCCCGGCGGGUGUACACUGUCCAGACCAGCCCCGCUGUAAAGUACACUCAGCUCCUGAUGAGCAGUAACAGUGUGUCAGACAGGGUGUGUGUGCUGAGGGGCGGGGUGGAGGAGGUGUGCUGCCCCGAGCAGGUCGACGUCAUCAUCUCUGAGCCAAUCGGAUACAUGCUGCUCAACGACAGGAUGUUGGAGAGCUACGUCCAUGCCAGGAAGUGGCUCCAACCCACCGGUCUCAUGUUCCCCUCCUACAGUGACCUUCACCUGGCCCCCUUCACAGACGAGCAGCUCUACAUAGAACACUACGCUCGUGCUAGCUUCUGGCGCCAGAGGUGUUUCUAUGGCAUCAACCUGAGUGGGCUGCACAGCGCUGCAGUAGAGGAGGUCUUCAGGCAGCCCAUCGUGGAUACGUUUGACAUGCAGAUUCUGAUGGCCAAGUCCGUCAAGCACUCCAUCAGCUUCACCGAGACCAAGGAGAAGGACCUCCUCAGGAUGGAGAUUCCCUUUGUGUUCCCACUCCUCCAAUCUGGGCUGGUCCAUGGGAUCGCCUUCUGGUUCGACGUGGCCUUCGUUGGAUCCAAGGCGACGGUGUGGUUGUCCACCUCGCCCUCGGAGCCUCUGACCCACUGGUACCAGGUCCGCUGCCUGCUGCAGACUCCUCUGUUUGCCAAGAUGGGUCAGACGCUGUCUGGCACUGUGCUGCUCACUGCCAACAUGAGGCAGAGCUAUGACAUCGACAUCUCAGCAGUCGUGGACCAAUCAGGCUUCAGGUCUGGUAACAGCCUGGAUCUCAAGAACCUCUUCUUCAGGUAUGCCUAAGGGGACGCCCUCCACAGAUGGCUACACCAUACCUGUCCUGUCACUCUCAAUGCAUCAGUGUUCUCAGACAAUUAAACCAUAUAUCCAUGCUGCAAAGGUCUGUAUUGCACAUGUCUUGUUGAGGAAUUCAAAUGAAUCGAAUCUGCAGUAUCAAUGCAAGUGGAGAGAGUAAGACACAGAGAGAGGAAAUUGUGUGAGAGCAAAAAAUAAACGACGUCAAGCAGA